AUGGUUAAGUUCUCACACGGUUGCUGGCACCCAGCCCCAGACACCAUUAUCGACUGGGCUGUCGAGGUAGUCAAAGGUGUUGCAAACGAGGAUAAUUUGCAUUUCGUCACAUGCUCCAAGCCAAUCAACCAUCGGGGCGAUACCCUGAACAACCCCACGUUGACACACCAUGUCAGCUCCCCCACUGAUGACGUUCUGUACCUGUCUUCAACCCACUGGAAGGGUCAGAAGAGCGUUACCUCGGGUCCUCACUUUGAGCUGUACCCAGAAGGACAGCCCGGCCACACUCAGGCUAUCAAGACAUCGAAAACUGAUGAAGAGUUGAAGUUCUCUGUCGGAGAUCUCUCGGCAUCCGUCAACACGACCCCAAAGAGCUUCAACCUGGACUUCAAGAAUGGUUCGAGAAAGUUGACAUCUCUUGGUUGGCGUUCAAUCGGCUAUGUCAAGCAGAACACCACUGCCUUGCACCCAAAGGCAAACUACACCAACCCCAACAAGGGAGAGAGAUGGACGACCUACCAGCUUUCCCUGGGUGUUGGAGAAAAGAUUUACGGCCUGGGAGAACGAUUCGGUCCGUUCAUCAAGAAUGGCCAAACUGUCGACCUCUGGAAUGAUGACGGCGGCACUGGCUCUGAGCUCACCUACAAGAACAUUCCAUUCUUCCUCAGCUCCGCUGGAUAUGGCGUGUUUAUCCCCACAUCCAGCCUUGUUUCUCUGGAAGUUCAGUCUGAGCGCACGACUCGCGUCAACAUUGCUGUUCCAGGCGAAUCUCUUUCCAUCUACCUGAUUUACGGACCUAGUCCCAAGGACAUCAUCAACAAAUACGGCAUUCUUACUGGCCGCCCCGCUCUUCCGCCAGCGUGGACCUUUGGUCUCUGGCUUACAACCAGUUUCACGACCAACUACGAUGAGAACACGGUCAAUACUUUCUUAGAUGGCAUGAAGGAGAGAGAUAUCCCCGUCACUGUGUUCCACUACGACUGUUUCUGGAUGAAGGGCUUCCAGUGGUGCGAUUUCGAGUUCGACCAGGACUUUUUCCCCGAUGCUGCCGGACAGCUGAAGCGGAUGAAGGACCGCGGUCAACACAUUUGCGUUUGGAUUAACCCAUAUAUUGCUCAGGAGAGCAAACUCUUCGAUGAAGGUGCCGAGAAGGGAUACUUUGUCAAGCGCGGAGAUGGUAGCGUUUGGCAGUAUGAUUUCUGGCAAGCCGGAAUGGCAUUCGUAGAUUUCACCAACCCCGAUGCCUGCAAGUGGUACCAGGACAAGCUCCAAGCUCUUGUUGAUAUGGGAGUCGAGUCUUUCAAGACAGAUUUCGGCGAGCGGAUUCCCACAGGUGAUACCGUCUACUUUGACGGAUCCGACCCAAAGAAGAUGCACAAUUACUACGCCUAUCUUUACAACAAGGUUACCUUUGAGGUUCUUGAGAAGUCGUUGGGCAAGAACAACGCUGCGCUUUUUGCCCGCUCGGCAACUGCUGGAUGCCAGAGAUUUCCAGUUCACUGGGGAGGCGACCCUUACUCGACCUUUCCUGCCAUGGCCGAGACGCUGCGAGGAGGUCUAUCCCUUGCCUUGAGUGGCUUCGGCUACUGGGCCCAUGACAUUGGUGGAUUUGAAGGAAACCCAGACCCGGCUCUCUUCAAGCGCUGGAUCGCAUUCGGGCUUUUCUCAUCCCACUCCCGACUACAUGGAAGUGGAUCAUUCCGAGUUCCCUGGCUCGUCGACCCGACCGAGGAGGCAUCGCGUGUGCUCACCCACUUCGUGUCAUGGAAGCACAGGCUAAUGCCAUACCUCUACUCCCAAGCCAUUGCGACCCAUCAGUCGGGCAUCUCGAUGCUCCGCAGCAUGCUUGUUGAGUUCCCAGAGGAUCCUAUCGCAUGGCACCUCGACACGCAGUACCUCCUUGGGUCUUCACUCCUAGUGGCACCCGUUUUCAAUGAAGACAACGACGUGACGUACUACCUACCAAAGGGCAAGUGGUACGGACUUCUUGACGGCAAGAUCAGGGAAGGGUCGGGAUAUGUUACAGAGCAGCAUGACUUUUUCAGCCUACCAGUACUUCUGCGACCAGGGAAGGCUGUUGUUCUGGGUAACUCGGACCUGGCAAAGGAGAAGGUCGUGUACGAUUGGUCCGAUAAUGUUACCAUCGUUGUCAACCCAGUUGAGGGUAUGGCCGAGGUAGUGGAUAUUCCCGACCAUGAACACUUUGGUCAGAUCAAGGCCAAGGUCUCAAUCACAUCUCAGAGCGGCGCCGUAAAGCUCUCAAUCGUGGAAGGCCAGCUCAAUUCAAGCGCCAAGGUGCAGGUUGCGGGGGGUGAGAUUAAAGAAGUAAAUCUCUCUGAGCAAGGGACCGUCGUCAACGCAUAA